AUGUUUUUAAAACAAGAAUUACUAGAGGAGAAUGCUGAAAAGUCCUGCAAUACAUUCGAGAGAUCAACCGAAGCCCUGCAAUACAUUCGAGAGAUCAACCGAAACAACGUCUAUUGUGACACUAGUCGUGGAAUCCCAUGUCCUGCAGGUACAAAGGCUUACUAUGGAAGAGGACCUUUGCAGCUCACUUGGAAUUACAAUUACGAUGCUGCUGGAAAGGCUUUCAACAUGAACCUCCUCCAAAAUCCAGACCAGGUUGCUCAGAAUGGCGUCCUUUCAUGGAGGUCAUCAGUGUGGUUUUGGAUGCAAAAUUCGAAUUGCCACACCGCAAUAACACAGAACCAAGGAUUUGGAGCUACAAUCCGAGCCAUCAAUGGAGGCCAGGAGUGUGGCAAGGGCAGUGAGACACAACCCGCACAGAACCGCAUCAAUUAUUACAAGGACUUUUGCUCACAGUUGGGUGUUUCACCAGGUGGGAACCUUGGCUGUGCUUAAACAAAUGUUUUUAAAAGUAAUGAAUAAGUAAUUAACUACUGAAUAAAAACAAAUAAUAAAUCUGGAA